CCCCGGGGAACGUCUCCGCUGGUUUCAAAAUUGUAAACAUUAAAAGUUUAAAAUAUGAAAAGAGACACAGAAAAUGUUUUUAUGGAUCCUGGAGAUGGAAUAGGAUUAGUCGAUCAACUUCUGUCUUCAGAUGCUGAAAUAAGUCUUCAAGCUGCUAGAAAUAUAAAGAAUGUUGUGAUUGGCAGCAAGGCAAAUAAAAAAGCAUUUAUUCAACUUGAUAUUGCUUCGAAUCUUGUUCAUUUACUGCAAAGGGAACAAACCAACAUUGAGCUUGCUAUAGAGGCAGUGGUAAUCCUAGGAAGUCUUGCUAGAGCUGAUGAUGAAACUGUGACAAUUCUUCUGGCACAUUCUAUCAUUCCACUAUUUCUUCAAGGUUUAAAAAAUUCCAAUAGAAAACUGGCUGAAGCAUCUAUUCGCUCUUUGAGAACAUUUUAUAUCUCACCACAAACACCAGUUGAUCCCAUUUAUGAGGAUACUUCAAACAUCAACUGUCUAAUACAAUUAUUGUGUGGUACACACAUUGAGUCUGAAUGUGCUGCUCAUAUACUAGCAAGAUGUUGUCAGAACUCAGUUCACCAGAAAUUGUUGGCUCGAAGUGGCCUCAUAGAAGCAUUAGUCCCACUUGUUGGUAGCAGUAAUCCAAAAUUACAGCUGCCUGCUUUGCAGUGCUACGCUGCCCUGUCAUUAGAAAAUGAAGUCAUAGCUGACAUGAUGAAGACAGCAACAUUCAAAAAUGAAAGUCUUAUUGAAGUAUUAAAAAGAUUAUUACCUGGUGAUAAGCCUGAUGCCAUUCGUCUAUCUGCAGCAAAAUGCCUUACAAAUCUUUCACGUGCUGGUGCAUUUCCAACAACUGAUCCUUUAGUUCGUCUGAAGGUAUUACCAUGUUUAGUAAAACUUUGCAAAAAAGAGAAAGAAAUUACCAUUCGAGCUGAAUCUGCUGAAGUUUUAGGAUACUUGAUUGAGGAAGAUGCAGGGUUACAACAAACUGCAGCUAUUGCUGAUCAUCUCAUUCCAACCUUAGCAAACUAUCUGAGAAAGAAUGAUCUCAAUGAAGAUGAUUAUGCAAGGAUGAGAGAGACUGCAUUAAAAGCUUUUGCAUCACUUGGGGCAAGUGAUGAGGACAUACGAAAGAGGAUAAUUGAAACAGAAUCAACAAUGGAUCAUGUAGUAAUGGGCAUAGAAGACUCUCGGAUAACAGUUCAACUUGCAGCAGUAAAAUGUCUGCACAGUUUAUCGAGAUCUGUUCAUCAACUGCGGACAACAUUUCAAGAUAAUGCAGUAUGGAAACCAUUGAUGAAGUUAUUGCAAGGGGCUUCAGAGGAAGUUCUCAAGGUUGCUUCUUCAGCUGUAUGUAAUCUACUGUUGGAGUUCUCUCCAAGUAAAGAGUCUAUCCUUGAAGCUGGAGCAGUGAAACUUUUAGUUGAACUCACAAAGCAUGAAAAUAAUGCAUUGAGAUUAAAUGGAGUGUGGGGAUUGAUGAAUAUGGCAUACCAAUCUGAUGAAAAUACCAAAAACAGAAUCCUAGAAAGGCUUGGAACAGGACAGAUAUUUCAUUUAUUAGAAGAUAAUGAUACUCAAGUGGUUAUGAAGACUUUGGGAUUGAUGAGAAAUCUUCUCUCUGGCAGAGAUAAUAUUGACCACAUCAUGGCCCUCCAUGGCAGUGAUGUUAUGCGUUCCUUGCAGCCAAUCAUAGAUGAUAAUAGUUCUCAAAUUUGUGAGGUUAAAGAGCAGGCGUUAUGUAUCCUUGGAAAUAUUGCAAAUGGAAGGACAGCCAAAGAUUAUCUUAUGUCAGAUGAUGGGCUUCUCAAGAGACUUAAACAUUAUAUCACACAAGACAAUGUCAAGUUGAAGAUGGCUGCAAUAUAUUGCAUUUCAAACCUAGCAUGGAGCACAGAUGAAGGAGCUUCAGAGAGACAAACAGUGUUUCGUGAUCUGGGAAUUCUCAAGUUACUGCAAGAUUUAUCAACAACUGCAGAUCCAUUGCUUUUUGACAGAGUGAAGACAGCCUUACAGCAGUUUUCCUGAUAAAGAUGAAAUAAACUUGCUAUGAAGAUGAAAUUGCUUGCAUGAAAUAAAUUUUAAAAUACUUGUAUUUAGUUACUAAUCUUAUGCAAUGUAAAAGGUAAUACAAACAAAAA